ACAGUAUUUCUUAUGUAAUUCUUUUUUUUUAUUUGUCCAUAAUUACUGAUCCUGUGGAUGACCUUAAAAAUGCAUUCAACAGCUGUAUCAAUGAAUCGUUUAAGCUUUGUUCUGCUUCUCGUCGCACUUACCUUGAUUGUUCUGGUGAGCAGCAGCCCAUCAGGUGUUCAAGGAGUUCAACAAGAAAGCCCACAACAAACUGACCGGCCACAGUGUGUCUGUAGUAGACAAUGGGCCCCAGUUUGCGGAACAGAUGGAAAGACUUACGAAAACGAAGGAUGUUUGAGAGUUCAAACUACGAAAUGCGGAACUGAGCAAUCGUUGGUUAGUGAGGCUUAUGAAGGUGAAUGUCAACAAUCAAAUUUAGCUGCGAUUGGUGAACAACUGUGUACCUGCAUCUUCGUGUGUUCCAUCUGUGUGAAUCUCUUUGUAAAUUUUAUGAAAAUUAACCGAUUCAGCGCAGCUCUUCUUCUCAUCUCAUUUGUCGCUUUGAUUUUGAUUAGCUCUGGCGUCCAAGGAAUUCCACAAGACCAGGAUCCUAGCUGCAACUGCAAGAAAAAUUACGCCCCAGUAUGCGGAACAGACGGGAAAACUUACUCUAACGAAUGCGUAUUGAGUGUCGAGACUAAAGGUAUAUGUGGAAAGACUAAAUCGUCCAUAACAAAGGCUUAUGACGGUGCAUGCAAAGAAGCGAGCCCAUAAAAUGGCGGAGACAAAAUUAUUUUCACUAAAUAGUAACUCCAAAAUUAUAGUGAUCCCCUCUUAUUCAUUAUUGAUUUCAAAUACGAACAAUGGUUUUAGUACGUUUUCGGCACGCUAUCUUAUUAUGAUGACCAGUGGGCUUAUAUAUACUUGUGCUAUUUGCUGUGCAAUCCCACUCAUUGUAUACAGGCUUUUAAAUACAUCUAAAAUUAUAUUGAUUAA